UCUAUACUUAAGAAAAUGGACCACCCACAACUUUUCUUCUCAACUCAAACUUACUUGCACUCAAAUGAUGGGUUUGAUCCAAUAAUUUGGAAUACUAAUCAAGGUUUUGGUGGCUUCGAGCUCCCUGAAACUAGUGUUCUUGACAAUGUGCUUGAUUUUGGCAUUGAUUUGCCAACAGAUGCAAUGGGAGAAUCUCCUGCUAGCUACAACUUGAGCCUAGAGGAGGAGGAGGAGGAUCGCAAGCAAAAUUAUGAUGAAGGCAGUUCUUCAAGGAAAAGGAUGAAGUGUAAGAGGGACCGCUCAAAGACUCUGGUGGCCGAGAGGAGUAGGAGGAGUAGGAUGAAGGAGAAGCUCUAUGCUUUGAGAUCAUUAGUCCCUAACAUAACCAAGAUGGACAAAGCCUCAAUCAUUGGCGACGCGAUAGUUUAUGUGCAGAGCCUCAAAGAUCAAGCUAAGAAGUUAGCAGAUGAGAUAUCAUUUCUUGGAUCAUCACCAACAUCAAGAGAGGACCAAAUGUUCUUCAGAGUUCCAAUUGAUAAUUUGAGGGCUAAGCAAACUGAAGAGUGUUACGACAAAAAGAAGAAGCAAUUUGGGGGGGAAAUGCUGAAUGUGAUGGCUCAUGAAGUUGGUGAAGGAACAUUCUAUUUAAGGAUGGAUUGCAAUAAGAGAGAUGGAGCUGUAUCAGCUCUGUACAGUGCCAUUGAGUCCUUUGAAUGCUUCCAUGUACAGAACUCUGACCUCUCGUUCCACUGUGAUAGAUUCAUGCUAACACUAACCUUGGAUGUAAAAGGAACAGAAAAGAUGAUGAUGAGUGCUUCUUCACUGAAGUUAUGGGUGAUUAGUGCUCUUGUUAAGGAGGGAUUUGGGUUUGAGAUGCAUCAGAGUAUCUAAUUUUUGCGAACUCUCCUCUCAUCAUUCCAUAUCAAUGCCAAUACGGCAAAGGAGAAGACGAAGAAAGAGAUCCGGGAAAAUUUUGUUAAUUGUAUUUGAUGAGUGUUGACAUUAGAUGUACAUCGACUCAGGAUAUCAUAUAUAACAUAUGCAUAACAUUAUAAAAUGUUUGUGCUUGAGUGUAGAUGUUAGAUGUACAUCGUCUCAGGAUAUCAUAUAUAAACAUAUGCAUAACAUUAUAAAAUGUUUGUGCUUGAGUGUAGAUAUUAGAUGUACAUCGUCUCAGGAUAUCAUAUAUAAA